AAUGCCCCAACUCAGCGGCGGAGGCGAUGAUCUGGGAGCCAACGACGAGAUGAUCGCCUUUAAGGACGAAGGGGAGCAGGAGGAGAAGAUCCAGGCCAACGCCUUCAUUGAGGGGGACCUGGCUGACCUCAAAUCAUCCCUGGUGAAUGAGUCGGAAAGCAGCGGCGGCGGCGGCAGCAGCAGCAACCGUCAGGCGUCCAACCCAGCAGCAACCGUGGCUGGAGCCGCCGCAGGAGCCCUUUCCGAGGCAAUCCGGCGGCUGCAAGAGCCUCAGCGAGUCUAUCCAGAAAAACUCCCGGAUCACAUGGAUGAUGGUUUAAAACAUCAGGACCCAGGGAUGUAUAAAGGAUCUCCUUAUUCUGGAUACCCUUUCCUCAUGCUGUCUGAUCCUUACCUGCCAAAUGGAUCUAUGUCACCUUUGUCUAACAAGGUUCCCGUAGUACAGCCAUCUCAUGGGGUUCAUCCACUCACCCCACUCAUCCCAUAUAGCAAUGAACAUUUCAGCCAUGGCUCCCAUUCACCACACCUGCCAGCUGACAUCAACCAGAAACAAGGUGUACACCGUCCUUCUCAAACAUCAGAUAUUUCUGGUUUUUAUUCCCUCCCUCCCAGUGGGGUUGGACAGAUAACACCUUCUGUGGGAUGGCAGAGCCAGCCUGUCUGCCCUUUCCAGUCAUGUGGAUUUAGACAGCCCUAUACGUCGGCGCUUUCUGCUGGGGCUACUUUCUCCAGGAUUACACAUCCUUUGAUGCUUAGCUCUGGAAUGCAUGCACCAGGCCUCCCACACCCGGGCAUCACAUCUCCAUCUGGGAAACAAGAAAUGGAUCAUUACGACCGAAGCAUGAAGUCACAAUCAGAACCCAAGAGAGAAAAGGAAGCUAAGAAGCCUACCAUUAAGAAGCCUUUGAAUGCUUUUAUGUUGUACAUGAAAGAAAUGCGGGCAAAGGUCAUUGCUGAAUGCACCUUGAAGGAAAGCGCCGCAAUCAACCAAAUUUUAGGAAGACGGUGGCACGCAUUGUCACGAGAGGAGCAAGCCAAGUAUUAUGAACUGGCCCGCAAGGAAAGGCAGCUUCACAUGCAGCUUUAUCCUGGCUGGUCUGCAAGAGAUAACUAUUCUUCUUCAGGCUCUCCAUCCCGUGAUCACAUACAGUUUAAUUCAGGGCCCCUGGAAUUCAGCAGCACUUCCUGGCCAGCUUCUGCGGCAAGGGGUAAAAAGAAAAGGCGAACAAGAGAAAAGCAGCAAGAUUCCAAUUCAGAUCCUGCCUCUCCUAAGAAAUGCAGAGCUCGUUUUGGCCUCAACCAUCAAAUGGACUGGUGCGGCCCAUGCAGGAGGAAAAAGAAGUGCAUUUGGUACCUACAAGGAAAAGGACACUGCUCCAGCCCAGUUUCUUCCAAUGGAAGUACUAUAGAUUCCCCUCCUUCCCCUUUGGAUGUGCUCCAGUGUACAUCCCCUGCUUUUAUUCCAAACAAGCUUGCUGCUCCUGCUGAUCUUAUACAUCAAAACCAAGCCAAUCCUUCUUCUUUACCUGCACAUCUCAAAACUGCUACAAGCACAUCAGGACCUCCUUCUAAAUGUUCAACAAUGCCUCAUAAAUCCAUAGUGCCAGGUGAAUCCUCAGGGGACAAUAUGGUAUCAAUAGGAACAUAGUACUAAUGGGAUAACAAGGUGCACAGAUUCAUCAGGCACUUUGCUGAUUGGUUCUGCUGCAUACAGAAGCUACAGAGACAACUUCAGCCUGCCAUCAAAUGGUAUAGUCUUAAAGUCAGUCAAAAGCCAGAUCAGAAAACAACACUGCAGCAUUAAAAGUGUUGCCUAAAUAAGGACAUCAACAGUCUCUUUGAAAAGUAUGAAGAUAAACUUAAUUCUGGUCAGUAACUGAAUUAUUUGAUCCCUUUUCCAACUGAGAUAAAAACAAAAUGCACUGAUCUAAUUGCAGAUGAGAGGUGCAAUAAAUGUUAAGGCAUUUAUUAAACUAUUAUAGUCAAAGUCCUGAGGUUCAGCCAUCCAAUAGAUAUUACACAUUACAAAAGCAGUUGUUGAAUGACAAACUCAAAUGCUCCACAGAAAAAGUAUAAAGCAGCUUGUAAGAAACUAAAAUAUUUAAUGCCUCAUCUUUGGGAUCAAGGGUGGAUUGCGUUAACAAAUGUUUAUUCCAGCAGCUUUAUUAGGUGAUAAAAUAGGAGAAAACACUGGCUGUGAAAGUCUAUCUACUAUUCCAGACAUAGGGCUGUGUGCAUCACAAUUUUUCAGCUAUAAAGAUUUUUUAUGCUAUCUACUGUAAAAUAUGCAAAACCCAAAAAUACUUAUUUUUCACAGUUUACCGUACUUUUGCUAUGUAAUCAAUGGGAAAUAAAAAGGAUAUAAGCUGUGCCUCUAAUCAUUAAAAAUUUACUUUGCAGUCUUUGUGGCUUCUUAAAAGCUUGCCAAGAUUUACCCUCCUUCUAUUUCAAGCCAAUUGUGAUCGCGCACUCUACCUAUAGUCAUUUCUGCAACUGCAGUAUUGAAGCCUAGUCGUAUUCCUCGUUCUCUGUAUCCUUUUUGUCCAUUCUACAGGGAAGAUAUUUAUUUGAAAGUUAUACGCUUCCCCAGAGCCCAAUUCAUUUUCAGUGCUAAGCAAAGUUGAUUGCUUGGAACUUUAAACACAGAUGGUCCCUUUCUGGUGCUUACUUUAGGGAUGGUAGUUUUUCUCAGAGGACAAAUAUAGUCACACAUCGAUAACCAAACCCAACAUACUGAGAUAAUACUGGACUGGAAGGAAAAUUCAUAAUGUGAGUAACUGAAAUGGGUGAGUCACUUCAUUAUAAUGAUAUUUUAAUGAACCUUGCAUUAACCUUUCUGGGAGUAAAGGAAGUUGCAAAAUCACAGCCCUGAAGAGUUUGCAACUCUUUAUGACUUGAAACUAAACCAAUUUGCUCCAUCUGAAAGGACCUCAUUUUUAGGAAGAUUAGAAAGAGACUAUAAUGCUGACAGGUUACAAUUUGAAAGUAGCAAGAAAGCUGAUGAUAAAUGAAUCAAAGGUAGAAUUGCAGGUUGAUCCUCCUAAUACUUGCAUGAUG